CCAGGGGCGGACUGACCAUUUGGAAACUCGGGCACUGCCCGAGGGCCCGGGGUCAGUAGGGGGCCCCAUGAGAUGCCCCUGGUACCUUUUUCAUAGGCUUUUUUGAGUUUGGGCAAGGACACAGGGUCCCCAUGAUCCCCUAUUGCACGGGCACGGGAGCCCCAUGAGUUGUCAGUCCACCCCUGCCCAGAACCUGCCUGGUCUAUUUCUACGUCAGUGCCCAGUCAGUGCUUUCAGUCAGUGCCUAUCAGUGCCACCUCAUCAGUGC